AUGGACGCACAAGCAACCGCUCCCCCGGCUCACGAUGCCGCCUCCUACCUCGACCUAGGCAUCACACUCGCUCUGCACAACUGGCCCUCACUCACACUCGCCGUGCAAUCAAACUGGGGUGGUCCGACUUCCGAUGACAAGCGCGCCUGGCUCUGUGGAGCCAUCUCCGAGAUGCUGACCGAGCGACCGGAAACCGAUGCCGAAGAUGUGGAGGACGUGUUGAUCCAGGUCCUGAAUGACGAGUUCGAUGUUGUGAUCGAUGAUGAGAGCGCCGGCAAUGUGGCUGUUCAGAUCAUGGAAUUCAAGGAGCAGGCGGAGGCUGGACAGUUUGGUGCGAUUCGGGAGAUGUGGGAAGGGUGGCAGCAGAAGAGUCAGCAGAAGUCUGCGGCGGCGAACAUGUUCAAGCAGGUUGAGUCCAGAGAUGAAGACCAGGAGACCGAUGAUGAGACCGAUGAUGACGCGGAUGUGGACAUGGGAGAUGCGCCGGCUUUGGUGCGGGCACCGAGAGAGAAGGCUGAGCCUGAGAUUGAUGAUGACGGAUUUACCAAGGUUGUUGGAAAGAGGCGCUGA